AUGAAGCGGUCACUACUUGCCCUUGUUGAACUGUUUACGCUUUUGGGCCUCGUACUCAGCACGUCGGCUCUACCAACUGAUUAUCCAAUUGCAAACGUCACUGCUUCUCCAAAAGUCAGACCAAGAAGUAAACAAGAUGCUUUUCAAAACUGUCAGAAUGGGAGGAUCGUUCCUUACGUUGAACAAGCUUUCGAGGACGCAGAGCUCAUUCUGGGAAAUGCAUUUGAAAUGAUGGAUUUACUCAUUCCGCUUUUUAGCGGCGACGGCACCGGUCUACUCCGACCCGAGAAAGCCACAAAACAGGGCCGAACCUUUGAUGAAGACAAUGUGUUUUCAACAUACAGCUUUCUGAUUAGAAGACUGUACUUUCCUGAUAAUCCGGAGUGGAACAGGGGAAAUAUGGAUGCAAUGUUACACACGCGCAACUAUCCCCAGUCUACAAACCCCUACAACGGAAUUUAUUUUGUUUCACGGGCUGUAGGAUCGCAUUCUGCUCGCACAGGCUAUAUAUGGGUUGGAGUGACAGAGAUCUGCGAAGAAUCCCGUGGACAAACUCACCGCAACAUAGGAUCGCUCGUUAUUCCAACUUCGGACAUGUACGCAUAUGUGGAGAACCCAUCACCCGAAAAUCUCGACGAAACCUUGACUCUUUGCCCGGCACGGUCUGAUCAAUGGAUAACCGCCGAAUCGAACUCGGUAAUGGAUGGUCUUGAAUUUCGGCGGCUACACGUGCCAACGGAUUCUCAGCCUAAUGAGUACCAGAAAGCGGCAUUGGAUAAAUUGAUUUAUCAGAAAUCUGACAUAGGUUGGCUAGGACAAUUCCUUGUCACAACUUUGAUCCAUGAGCUAUCGCAUACAGAAGCUUUUACACCCACAGGCGUCCAACAACAAGAUAUUGAAUGUCUCGCAAGUGGAGAGCCUGUCAUCACAUCUGGAAGCAUCGAAUGUCUCUAUAGUGUCGCUAAAGGGACUGAUGGUUUAAAUCCAGAUACCAACACUCCACAAGGUCAUUUGGAUGCAGAAGCAUUGACUUUAUUCGCCAUGGCAUUAUGGGCAAAUUCGGCAACUUGGUGGAAGUCUUAUGAAGCAAGGCGCAGACAGAAAGACCCCCAGGCACAAUGA